AGUUCGGCUUCGGUUUGGCUUCGGGACGCUCAGCUUUGUUUUGCCUUUGCCGGCAAUGCCGGUUCGGUUCCGCCGCGCCACAGUGGAGUGGAGGAGUGAGAGUGUUGUGUUGUGCUGUGCCCGUCGUCCGUCCCGUCCGCGCCGCGCCGCCGCCGUCGCUUGGAUUACAAAUUGCUGAUUGUGAUACGCUUUAUCUCUGGGCAGGAAUGCAGCCCGCAGUGCAGUGAGUGAGCCAGACGUGUGCCCAGUGUGAUUCGGUGCAAAUGCAAGCCCCAAUGGAGUGAAGUGUGUGUGCCUCAAGACGAUCGGAUACACCUGGCCGUGCGGUCCGCCGUGCGUAGCGCCGCCCCGUGCUGCUGCCGCUUGUUGGUUAUGGCGUUCGAGUCGGAGGCUCGCGCGGUGCUGGCCACGGUGCGGUGAUGGUCCGCGCCGACCUCUAGGAUGCAAGCAGCGAGGAUUUGCACCUUGCUGCUUGCUGCCGUCGCCUGUGCUCAUGGGUACCCAAACUUACUCUUCACAACCACCAAAGAUGUUAGAGUGGCGAAUGUCUCUGCCGGCAAAUCCAAUUCCAAGGUCACGACCAUCGUCAAGGAGCUGCAAGAGGGUGCUGCAGUCGACUACCACUUUGCGAAGGGCUUGGUGUGCUGGACGGAUCAUGGACUGGAGACGAUAAUCUGCGUCAACUACAAUGGCACUUCUACCACUGGUUCCAACAAGGUUGGAGUUGUUACAACUGGCCUUCUGUCUCCUGAUGGAUUAGCUGUUGAUUGGGUAACUCACAAAUUAUACUGGACUGAUGGCGAAACCAACCGAAUCGAGGUGGCUUCUCUCAAUGGAGAGCACAGAAAAGUGCUCUUCUGGGAGGAUCUUGACCAGCCGAGAGCGAUUGCCCUGGCGCCCCAGGACAGUCUCAUGUUCUGGACGGAUUGGGGUGAAGUGCCAAAGAUUGAAAGGGCUGGUAUGAAUGGUGACCACUCUACAAGAACUGUGAUUGUGAAGGAUGGCAUUUUUUGGCCCAAUGGACUUACAGUUGAAUUUUCCACUCGUACUCUUUAUUGGCUGGAUGGAAGGCUUAAAUUUAUUGAAUCAAUGGACUUUUCUGGUCAAAAUAGAAAAAAGAUUUUAAAUAAAAACAUUCUUUAUCCAUUUGCUUUAUCACUAUUUCAAAACAAGCUGUAUUGGACCGAUUGGAAAACCUGGUCUAUUCAUUCUUUUCCAUAUGACAAAGCUGGACUUACGGGCGCUGGUGCAGGCCCUCGUGAAAUGAUUCAUUGUGAAAAUGUUCCCAUGGAUAUAAAAGUUUGGGACGCAGCAAGGCAGCCUCCUGUAGCAACCCCCUGUGAUAAUAACAACGCAGGAUGCUCACACCUGUGUCUUCUUUCUCCCUCUUCCCCUGGCUUCUCUUGUGCAUGCCCCACUGGCAUUCGAUUGAUCAACAACUACACAUGUGCUGAUGGUAUUCAAGAAUUUCUGCUUCUGGUGCAGCGAGUGGACAUUGCUCGCAUUUCUCUUGAUACUCCAGACUACACCAGCUUCACUCUGCCUCUCAAGGGCCUCAAGCAUGCCAUUGCCAUUGAUUUUGAUCCUGUGGACAAAUUUUUGUAUUGGACCGAUGAUGAAGCAAGAGGCAUAAGAAGGGCAAGACUGGAUGGCUCAGGCCAGGAAGAUGUCGUGGUGUCAGAAAUUGAGCAUCCAGAUGGUGUAGCGAUAGAUGUUGUUGCAAGAAAUCUUUACUGGACUGAUACAGGGACGGAUCGUAUUGAAGUUUCAAGGUUGGAUGGAUCCUUUCGGAGAGUUCUUAUAAACAAAGAUUUGGUAGAACCACGAGCAAUUGUUGUUGCUCCAGAAAGGGGAUUGAUGUUUUGGUCUGACUGGUAUGAGAAGAGUCCCAAAAUUGAAAGAGCUGCUUUAGAUGGCACUCAGCGCAAAGUGAUUGUAACAGAAAGACUUGGUUGGCCGAAUGGACUUGCUCUUGAUCUGGAAAAGUCCUUACUCUAUUGGUGUGAUGCUAAAACUGACAAAAUAGAGGUUGUUGAUUUUGAUGGUGGUAAUCGAACUGAGGUGGUCAGUGACAAACUUCCUCACGCAUUUGGCCUCAGUCUGCUUGGUCCUCACCUCUACUGGACGGAUUGGCAGCGGCGUAGCAUUGACCGGGUGAACCGUUUCAGUAAACUGAGUGGAGGUGGAAGGCAAACUAUUGCUGAUCAAAUGCCAAAUGUGAUGGGUUUGAAAGCUGUCCGGAUGGGAGAUCCAAUACCCGUAAAUAACUGCAGUCAUAACAAUGGUGGAUGCAGCCAGCUGUGCCUCAACCGUCCCAAUAAUGAUUUUAUUUGCACCUGCCAAGUUGGACAUGAACUUGCCUCGGAUGGAAGAACUUGUGUGGUCCCAGAAGCUUUUAUAUUGUUUGCACGAAAGGAAAAUAUAGGCCAAAUCAGUAUUCAGAACGCCAACAGCAGCUCCCUCAUUCCAAUCAGUGGCAUCAAAGAUGUCAGUGCUCUUGAUUACAACUUCAAAGACAGCUUGAUGUAUUGGACAGAUGUGAAACUGAAGUCAAUUUCCCGUGCCUAUUUGAAUGGAUCUGUGUUAGAACAUAUCAUAGAAUUUGGUCUUGAUUCUCCUGAAGGUAUGGUUGUUGAUUGGGUGGCAGACAAUCUGUACUGGGCUGACACAGGUAGUAAGAGGAUAGAAGUUGCCCGUCUAAAUGGAAGCUCUCGCAAAGUUUUAAUCUGGCAAGGCAUUGAAGAACCUCGCAGUCUUGCUGUGUACCCAAAAGAAGGAUACAUUUAUUGGACUGAGUGGGGAGGUGCAGGAUCUUUAGAGAGAGCUGCUCUUGACGGCUCAUUGCGCGCGACCCUGAUUACUCGUCUGGGCCGUGCCAGUGGGUUGACAAUUGAUCUCACAGGCCAUCGCAUUUACUGGACCGAGUUGCAUGGAGCGCAGGCUGCAAUUGAAAGCUCUGACAUGGAUGGGAAAAAUAGGAUGCUUGUUGUUAGGGACACUGGCAGACCUUAUGCUAUAACACAGUAUCAGGACUUCAUAUACUGGACUGACUGGAGUUCAGGUGUGAUAGAAAGAGCUGACAAGGCAACUGGUCUCAAUCGUACAACUAUUUACCAGCACUUAGACCAUGUCACAGAUAUGGUGGUUUUUCAUCGUUCGCAUCAACCUGGGUGGAAUGCAUGUGCCAUCAAUAAUGGCAACUGCACCCACCUCUGCCUCGCCUUGCCUGCAUCUGACUCCGCACCAGACUCAGAUACUGUUCCCCCAGAGUCAGUGACAGGGCAUUAUACUCUCACUCACCGCUGUGGAUGCCCAACACACUACACUCUAGCAUUUGAUGGAACUACAUGUCUCGCUCCGGAAUCUUUUUUGUUGGUGGGUCAGAAAUAUGCUUUGACACGCCUGAUGCCAUUUGGAGAAGAUUGCCCGGAUGUGAUUCUACCUAUUCAAGGAUUGAAGUGGGUUAAAGCAGUUGAAUUUGACCCUUUGACUCAGUUUGUUUAUUGGAUUGACAGCCGCCAAAAUGUAAUUAGAAGGUCUCGAGACAACGGCUCUGCUGCAACUACUGUCGCUGGUGGGCGCACCGGAGGCACACCCCUACAUCCUACUGACCUCGCUUUGGACCCUAUUUCUCGACUCCUGUUUUGGACGUGUGCCGACACUAAUGCAAUCAAUGUCACUCGGCUGGACAAUUCCUCUACUCAGCCACUGGGAGCUGUAGUACGUGGAGAGGACUUGAAACCUCGGCUUCUGGCUAUUCAUCCCAUCAGAGGCUUAUUGUUUUGGUCUGAUGUUGAUUCCUCCAAUCUUGAUGGCUCAUCAGCUCGCAUCAUGACAGCACGAUUCAAUGGACAACAGCUAGCAGUUGUUGCGGAUAAUUUAAAGGGGCUGACCGCCAUUGCUGUUGACCAGGGGGAAAAGGGAGAUAGAAUAUAUUGGUCUCAGUACAGAAAAAUUGAAACCUCUGCUCUUGAUGGGAGUGACAGGAAAACUCUAAUUGAUGGCUUGAAUGAGGUAUCCCAUUUGACGGUUCAUGGUGACUAUCUCUACUUUGCUGAUGCCGAACAUCAAACUUUGACUCGAGUGAACAAACUUACUGGACACAAUGCCAGCCCCGUUCUAGCACCUAAAUUUCCACACCUUUCUGACCUUUUAUCUGUCUCCAUGCCUUCCCCUGAGCUUAUAUCUGUUCAUCCUUGCGGUUCCGCCAAAGGCCAUGGUGGCUGCUCUCAUCUGUGCAUGCCGAGUGAGAAUGGGCACGUCUGUGGAUGUCCUAUUGGUAUGGUACUGGAUGAAGACCGGAGGACUUGUGUAGCCUGCGGCCCAAACCACUUCACCUGUGCCUCCGGGCAGAAGGAUUGUCUUCGAGCAUCUUGGCGGUGUGAUGGCCAACAUGACUGUCCAGAUGGGUCGGACGAAAUUAACUGUCCUGAGUGUGGGCCAGAAUUUGACACAUGCCGAAGUGGCUCUCCUCGUUGUAUAGAAAAAGAACGCUCUUGUAAUGGAAUCAAAGAUUGCAUGGACGGAAGCGAUGAACUCACCUGUCUCGACACAAACAGCAUACUGGAUGUCAAUGAGCUGGACACGCAGACCAGUGGGAUUGCCAGUGUGGCAGCCGACAACAACAACUACCUGACAUUGGUCUACUGCUUUGUGGCAUUGUUGAUCUUCUUUGUCUCUGCGUUUGGCCUGAUUGGGGCGAGGAAGUGCAGGAAGUCGGUGUCUCACGGCGAGGACGUGCUGGACCGCACCGACCCCGCGCACGAUCCGCUCUCCCCGAUGAACGGCGCCAUGUCCGCGGGGCGCGGCGUCGCCAGCGGCCGGGCGGCCAACGGGGCGCGCUCGCUGUCCGGCCACGGCCACGGCCUUGGGGGCCACGGCCAAGGGGGCCACGGCCUGCGCGCCGACGCCGUGGUCCGCAUGUCCGCCAUGAACAGCGGCUCCACCAGCGGGUCGCCGUCGUACCACCGCAGCCACAUCACGGGGGCCUCCAGCUCCUCCGCGUCGGGUGGCGCCAACCACGCCGCGCUGCUGUCGUCGUCCUCGCUGCUGUGCUACCCCCGGGAGACGCUGAACCCGCCGCCCAGCCCGGCCACCACGUCGGACUCGACGCGGCGCGCGGAGUCUCGCCUGUACCGGCCCUACCGCCACUACCGGGCCAUGAACCAGCCGCCGCCGCCCACGCCCUGCUCCACGGACGUGUGCGACGAGUCGGACUACCGCUACGACAGCGACCCCUUCCCGCCGCCGCCCACGCCGGCGCCGUCCUGCCCGCCGUCGCCGUCGUCGCGGUCCUCGACGUACUUCAGCCCGCUGCCGCCGCCGCCCUCGCCCAGCGGACGGGGGGAUCGCGACCGCGACCGCGGCGGCUGCGACUGCUGACAAUCCGAACGCCCAACACCACGCGGCAGGCCCUCGGCCACCGAGUCGGAGCACUCGUGCGCCAAGGCCGUGCACCGCCGUCGGUACUGACACCAAGCCUCCGCCUUCGCCUUCAGCAGUCUGCUUUCAAUCAAAGGCAGCCGCGGGGAAAGCUGGUCUCAGUGGGUUUCCGCAUGGAACUUUGUUACUGCCGAGCGAUUCUGAAGAUCGGUUUGUCGCUCUGUCUCUCUUGCACCCUUAGGGAGAGCCCCAUGUGUGCGACGGAGGCGGAGAGGUGAAACGACUCACAGUGGGCCGGAAGAGCGGUAGAGGCGGCCAAAACUCUGGACGCGUUUUGGGCUCCAGAGUCGCUAAAUGGGACGCGAACCGGACGUGUGACCCCACCAAUGGAUUCCUUGUCCAGAGAGCAAUCCAUUGGUGGGGUCACACCGCCUCCAUCGCUCUUCUGGCCCACUGUGCGACUCUUCCGAGUCACUCGGCUGCCCGUUUGAAAUCCCUGGACCAUUGAAGGUGAAUGGUUUGAUGUCACAGAGCUGAUUUGGGAAGCAAGCUUCUCCCAUCAGCUUUGUAUCCGAUUGAAUUUGUCGAAUUUUGCGGGUGUUGUGGCGGUUAUAGUUAAUUUUUGAUUCAGUCAUGUAGUCAUUUUAACUUAAUUUAUGUACUGAUGUAAAUAUUCAUGAAGUGUACAUUGUUGUUUAAGUUUGUGUAGAUAGAUACGAAUUAUGUAUUUGUAUUAUUAUUGUACAAAGUGUAACUCGCCUGCUGUUGCCACUUGCUGAUGCUGGCUGGCCUUAAAAAUUUGGGGGCACACUCACUUUUGCUUAUUGUGAUGAAAUGCGUGGGCGUGGACCCUGACCUCUUAAACUGCCCUUUUGAUAUGGACUUGACUCCCUUUUUACUGUAUAUAGCGGCAUCUGCACUAAAUGAAACUAGAAAUUGAACUCAACCUCUGCACUUUUGUGCUAUCAACUCAUUUGCCAUUCAGUUUGGUUACUUUGUAGAGUAAUGUGUUACUGUGAUGUAUUUCUCCAUAUAAACUUUAUCGUAAAGCUUUAACUGUUAAUUAACCCUGUAUUUUGAAUGCCAGUAUUUUUUUUUCAUGUUAAGGGUUGUCUAUGAAUACUCAGCACACUAAUUAAUACGUUGUAUUAACGGUGAUGUUAUUUUUCUAUGCAUAGCUUGCAUCCACUGGAAGUGGAAGAGAGGUUUCAGAAACUCAGUUUUUUCUCAUGCAUUUAUUGUCCCUAGAAGAUUGAGAUUUUGAAAUGGAAUCAUUUUUAGUUAGUAUGAAUGUUUAUGAAUUUGUUGUUAACUCUUCAAUAACAUUUUUAUCACAUUUCUAUGUGUGUUGACUAAUGUGUUUUGACACAUCAGAUAAUUUUGCGUAUCAUGCUGUUGACCAUUGUUUUUGAAAGGACAGAACAAUUCAUAGAUAGUGAACGAACACAGAUAGUGUUGGCAUUCAACAAUGCUUGCAUUUAUUGUGAAUGUAUCUCUAUAAUCUAUUGUUAUCUUGCAAAAUUCAUGUUAGCAAUAAAAAAGAGGUGGUAAACCUUUUAUGUUGAAUUUGGUUCAUCACUGUAGAACUGUGCCGGUCACAGACAUCUAUUGUUAAGUUUCCUAAAUUUACCAUUUGAUCAAGGUUGUUGUUAAUUUUCGUUUUUAUAUCGGUGUUUGUGAGCAGCCUUAAUGCAUAUUCUUCCCUUGAACUGAUAUUAUAAAUCUUUUACUUGCGUCACUUUAGGAGUGAGCUCCCAUCAAA